CCAUCUUCAGUGUCUUCAGUGGGUGGACAGAGGACAAUAGGGCCGUGAGAGACUGGGCGCUAUUUCCUGGCACUGCUGCCCGCUCGACGGACGCUCUGCACCACAUCCCCCUCCUCUCCUCCGCUCCUCCGCUCCUCCUCUCCUCCUCUCCUCCCUCAUUGCCUCUCCAUCCCAAGACACAUCCGCUUUUCGCCAUCCACUCAACGAACACAACCUCAUGCUCUCUCUCUCAAAGACCUUGGCCAUGCGCUCUGUCGCUGGCGUCAAAUACUUCCACGCAGCUGCUGUCCAGCACGCAACCACGACCUUGAACAUGCCAGCACUGUCGCCCACCAUGACCGAGGGAACAAUCACCGCCUGGAAGAAGAAGGAGGGCGACGCGGUCAUUGCUGGCGAUGUGCUUCUGGAGAUUGAAACCGAUAAGGCGGGCAUGGAUGUGGAGGCUGUUGAGGAUGGUAUUCUUGCAAAGAUCUUGCAUCCAGACGGAUCCAAGGUUCCUGUCAACGAAGCUAUCGCGUUGUUGGCCGAGGAGGGCGAUGAUCUGUCAAAGAUUGAAAUUCCAAAGACCAAGGCAGCCCCCAAGGGCGACACACCCGUAAAGGAAGAGAAGAAGGACACUCCAGCUCCCAAGAAGGAGGAGUCCAAGCAGCCGCAUUUUCAGCAGACUGCCACCACUCCAUCCUCAAACCUUCUCUCGCCUGCCGUUGCCCAUUUGCUGCUUCAGAACCACAUCCAGGAUGUCACCAAAAUUCCUUCGACUGGACCGAAGGGCCGCGUCUUGAAAGGAGAUGUCCUCGCCUUCCUUGGCAAAAUUAAGGCUCGUCCUGCACCAGAACCCACCAUUCCUCAGCCCAAGACCCUUUCUCCCCCAUCCAAGCCAUCCUCUGCCUCACAACCCCAGGCCUCGAAAGCUGCGCCUGCUGCCGCUGCUCCAGGAUCGACAUUCACAGAUACUCCUACAACCAACAUGCGCAGGAUCAUUGCUUCUCGUCUGAGCGAGACCAAGACGACUGUCCCACACUCUUACGUCACUCGCGAUAUUGUUAUUGACAACAUGAUGAAGCUCCGUCGGCUUUUGGCUGACGAGCUUGAGGCUAAGGUCUCUGUGAACGACUUUUUGAUCAAGGCCGCAUCACUUGCUUUGCGUGAUGUGCCAGAAUCGAAUGUUCAGUUUUCUGCCGGGGACAAUGCUAAGCAGCUCAAGGAUAUCGACAUCUCUGUUGCUGUCGCCACACCCACUGGUCUAAUCACUCCCAUCGUCAAGGGUGCUGACACUCGUGGCGUUCAAUCCGUGUCGCUGGUCGUCAAAGAAUUGGCAGAGAGGGCAAAGAAGAACAAGCUAAAGCCGGAGGAGUACCAAGGCGGCUCAUUCAGCAUCUCCAACUUGGGUAUGUUUGGCGUCAGCAACUUUUCAGCGAUCAUCAACCUUCCACAGGCCUGUAUUCUGGCCGUUGGCGGUGCCCGCACAAUCUUCAAGCCGGCGGCAGUUGAGGAGACGGAUCUGUUGAGCGACUCUGAGAUCUUUGACUACUUGGGUGGCCAGAGCAAGAAGAGCGCAUCCUCGUCAUCGUCGUCCACAUCUUCUAAGAAGACCAAGGAGGAUCUUGACCUGAUUGAGUUCUUGGGCGGAAGCGCACCAUUGAAGAAAAAGUCGACCUCUACCUCCGAGUCAGCAUUAGGAGAUGAGGUACUGCGUCGGUUGCGUCCCUCGCUUGAGAAGUCCCAGGUGGUGAGCGUGACAUUGAGUAUUGACGAGCGCGUAGUCGAUGGAGAGGUUGCUGGACGGUUCCUGGAGCGCCUCUCGCACUAUGUCGAGAACCCCGAAUCUAUGAUUCUUUGAAAGGAUUAGCUAUGAUUAUGGUGAUUAGGGACCGAAGGAGGG